ACGCUCUCCACCUCCUGUUUGGUGUUCCCGGAUUUCCGCAGCUGUAGGAGAGAAAGAGAGAGACUGAGUCACCAUCCGAGGAGGAAUCAUGGUGUACAUCGCCAAUGGACAAGUGUUGGAUGGUCAGAGCAGAUCACCAUGGAGACUCUCCUUUAUUACAGAUCUGUUCUGGGGAAUUACAGACUUUGUUGUUCUAUUUUUUCAAAGCAUGGUCCGACCUGAUAUGUCGAGAAGAGGCAAUUCGAACUCUGUGUCCAGCUCACGGUUUGAUGAUGGGAGAGGUCCUCCAGGAAACCCACGCCGGAGAAUGGGAAGGAUCAAUCACGGUUCAGGACCCAGUCCCCCACCAAUGGCGGGAGGUGGAUGAGGAAGGUAAACGCCUGCUCCUAAAAGCAGGCAUCUAGAGAAGAGCGUGCGCCAGGCAAUGGAGACAAGAAAAGGGCCCCUUUUACUGGUCAUGUUUUUCUCUAUGUGUGCAAUACUCUGCAGAAAUGCAGAUUUAUGAUGUGGUUCUGGGAAUUCCUUCAUCAGGAUCCAGUACAACUGAAUCAGCAUAUGUAAAACUGUAAAUGUCUUCCCCUUUUUUUUUUUUUGUAGUAGUCCUACUUUGUACUGGAUUUUUAGAGAAGAAUAUUUUACAAGGAAAUUUCGGUCCUGAAAUCUAAGCUGUGUUUUUUUUUUUUUUUUUGUAAUAUUAAAGAGGAUGCAGGAAGUUUUGAAUGUGAGAUCCCAAAGUGUUUAUUAUUUUUACAGAAAACUUGUAAUGGGGGGAAAAAAACUGUAAAAUGUAGCUGUAGGCAGCAUAAGUGGCAGUAUAUACCAAAACUGAUUUGUAACUGCCGUCAAAUUUGAGAAAAGGAACACAUGGCUCCUAUGGAGUAAACUACACCGGAAGCAUGUAGUCUCGAAUUGCUACUGCAUGCUACAGAUGUCAUUUUAUAUGUAGGCAGCCAUUUGUUCAAGUGUUUAAUGCUCUAUUGUGACUCUUGGAUUUGUUCACACAAGCUUCAGCUUCUAUAAGAGCAAUAUGUACAGCAAACUUUAUUAAAGCUUUUAAA